UUUCCCAACAACUCGGACAAGCGCAACUGCAUCGUUUGUCUCUACGAACGCAACGUUCGGACUCAGAAGACUGCACAUUGCAACACGCACCAAAUGAACCUUUGUCUCGCGCCUCAAGGAGAUGGCAACCGCCAAGCCAAGCCGUACGAGUGCCCAAACGUCGCGUGGUCGUGCUGGAAGAAGUACCACGAGUUCUACCAUGAGCGCGACGUCUUCCAAACCAACGGCAGGCAGAACAAGAAGUCCGCCUUGUGCAAGAUCAAGGCAAGCAUGACCGACGCGCCGCAGAGCCGCAAACGAAAGAGUCCCCACCAAGAAGAGGCGCGGGACACGUCUGCUGCCGUGCGAAGACUUUUCUAGAAGGAAGUGAAAUGGACCAAUCACUCGCGUCGUGACUUGAGCCCCAUUUUCAGAGCCAAGUGCAUUAGUAAAACUUGAGCACCAAGCGAGUCCCUUUCUAAUUGACUAGCGGCCUGUGACGGAGUCCGUGACGCAGCCGUCGUGUCCAAAAAACCGACUUAUGAUUAAAUCAUAAGCCUAAUUUUGCCGUUUUCAAUGACGCGCCGGGCUUUCAGGCGUUUUAAUUGGCUAUCUGAUCUAUCAAGUAUAUAUAUAUAUAUGAAC